AUGUUUAUAGAAUCAUCUUCGACAGCUAUGAAUAAUCAACAUCCACAUCCUGGUAUCGAACCUGAUUUAACAAAUUCAAUGACAUUGGUUUUUCCAGACACUGGCGAAGUCAAACAUUUGACCUAUGAAUAUUAUAGAGGAUCAGCAGGACAACCAAAAACAACUGUUCAUUUGCCGACCGGCAUCGUCCAAACGGGUGGUGAACCAAUGUUUCCUCCCGAUUUUCCCGGUGGUAUAAAAGAGUGUACUUUCUGA